GAGAGAGAGGAAGAUGGUUUAAACCGGUUCGAUUUUGACGAAACAUUGAAAUAUAAAUCCAAUGGUUUUCUUCAGUCAGUUAGAGACCGUUGAUGUUCAUCUAUAGUCACCAAUAGCGACGGUCCUGAUGAUUCUAAAACGAUUAUAGAGAAAAUAAAAAGUUAGGACCAAUGUUUAAACCGGGGUUUUGAACCCGACGUAAAUCGAACACGCAACCUUCUGAUCUGGAGUCAGACGCGCUACCAUUGCGCCACGGAUCCGGUGAGAAAAUGGUACCCAUGGUUAUUAAUCAGCAAUAAGUUCUGUAUUUGUUGAUUGUGUACUUAGUCAAUUACGUGUUCACAAAGACAGUUUAUCUAAUAUGUUUUUGUCUCUCUCUCUUUAGGUAAGUUUCUUUUGCUCAAGACCGAUAACUAAAGGAGUGUAAAUGAAUGACUCUUCAUAAUGUUUUGCGAUGCUUCUGUUUUCCCUACUGUCUCCUUUGUUUCUCCUUGAGAGUAGAGAACAUAAAUGGCAUAAUAAGACUUAUUCUUUCUUUUCCUUGGUGAAUAAUUCAAUUAAAGCUGGUUAAGAUUUACGUACAAUGAGGUUCUCCACAGAGUUAGAUAAGAAACUAUAGUAAGUAUAAAUAUAUGUCAAAGAAUAUUAUAUAUAGAACACAACUAUUCUCCAGCAUUAAGAACAGUUGGAGAUGUUUGACGUAUAAGACAGAUUUUGUCACAAUUUCAAAUAAAGAAAAGACAGAUUUUGUCUUUAGAGGUGCAUGUAGAGGCAGUGUGGCAUGUGUCUCCAUAUAUAUCUAAACAUUGGGCACAAUAACUUGUGAAUCUCUCGGAGUCAUAUAUGGUCUCACAUUAACUAGCCCUAACAGUACUAAUUAACAGCUUUUAGCUUUGAAAAUUGAUAUUAAAAACUCCUUGGACCCGUUGUCCAAACCAAAGGACACAGGAAAAAUAAUCUGAUUAUUUAAGUUUGUAGAUUUUGCAAGCCUAUUGCCUUACUUUCAAAACAAAAAUAAACGAAAUUAAAGUAUUUGGACGGCAAGCUUCUAAACUGAAAUGUUUAUAGACUAAGGUGUUAUCUUAUGAUUUAUUAAGCAUAUGUAAACUAUAUGACCUUAUUUUGCAACACAAAUAAUUAAGAAGGCUUAUAUCAUUAACUAUGCAUUAUUGUUAGCUGGAUGUUGGAUAUUCAUAACAUCUUCUACUAUCUUAGCAUAUCUUAUUGUCCUAAUGGUUUGACUUAUAUUUAUUAUAUCAAGAAAAGUACAACUUCACAAGAAGCACAACAACAAAAACCAGGUAUACAAGUUACAAGUUAGUGCACCAGCACUGUCUAAUGCAAUGACUACAAAUACUUUCUCAUUUCAACUCCUCUCUUCACAAAACAGCAUCUUGAAAAUGACUCUCUUCAAUCAGCCAUGUCUUUACUCAAAGAUAGACAAGGAAGACCCAGAAGAGGUGUCUCACCGACGAGCCAAGUUCUUGAUUUACAAAACACUUCAAAAGGCCGACGUGGUGUCUCGUCGUUCUUCUCACCCGUCGUCGUUUCUGAGGAUGAAGCUGCUAAGGUUGAAGGCCAAGAUCGUUAAGAGUUUGACUAAACUACGUCGGAACAUAGAAUCCGUCGUUAGGUUUGGCGGGAUUCAAAAGCAUUCUCAAAGCAGCGUGAGAGCCUUGAAGAAGAUGUUCCACGGUGGUGCAACCAAUGGACUACCAAGGCCUAUUUUCGCUCUUGAAGUUUGAUUUUUGAUUUUUUUUUAUUGUCUUCUAUGUAUUUCACUUUUUUUUUCUUUCUUGAAUUAAUUUCUGUUGAUCUCCAUUACAGAAGCUGAUCAAGAAAUGUAAUAUGAAAAAAUCAUGAGUUCUGUUUCUUUCAUAUAAAGAGGAAAUAAAUCAAUCUUGAAGUUGUAAUAACAAAGUUAUUUUUGGUUCAUGAUAGAUUUCAAAGUUUAUUUUUCAAAUUAGCAUCCCAGACAACUGAACCAUCUUAGAUUCUAUGUAACAUUGAAAACUCUUUUGGUUUAGUAAUUUAAUUAAGGUUCAUCAAUAUUUUUUCAUAAAAAAAAAACUAAUUUUUUAAUUUGAGAAAAACAAUGUAUACAUUAUUUUUAAUGUAACAGAUUUGAUUUGUUUAAUUUAGAAUGGUGUAUAUAAAAUCAUCUGA